UGUGACUGAAUAUGAAAUACAGUGGACAAAAAGUGAAUAUGAAAGGGAUAUGAUUUCUGCUCUCGUCAGCUGAUUUUCCACUUUUCAAAUGUCAAACAAAUUGUACAAAUAGUAAUUUUUUUUAUUGGGUUGAUAUUGCCCUUUGGUGCAAAAAGGUACCAUGUGUCUUGUAAUUUCAAUGUCACAGGGUACCUUUUUGCACCAAGGGAACGGACUAUACAAAUAAAGAAUUUUGUUUAACACUGUGUUGGGCUUGGGGCAUUUUUGUCCUCUGAGUUGGUUUUUAAAUCACACCCCUGUGAAAAUUAUAAAUAAAUUUCAUGUCCCUGAUUUAAAGCCCAAAUAAAGGCAACUUUUAUUAUCAAACUUUUCUUGCUUCUAUAAGUAUUUAAGACUAUUUUAUGCUUUUGUUUAAGUUGUGCCAUUAAACCCUUAAAUGACUCUUUUUUUCCAAAAAUAUGAAAGUCUUUGAACAAUUAUCUGUAAAUAUAAGGCCUUUGUGUACAAGUUUGCUAUGUCAUGUAUGGUUUGAAUAAAAAAACACAAUUGUCGUGUCUGUUUUAUAUUGUUUUGCAUGUUGAAUUUUUUACUUGGAUGGUUCAUUAAUAAACGUCAAUUUUGAGAAAGUGUUUUGUUGCUUAAAUUAAAUACAUAUAGUGCCUUGUACAGAAACAUUAUUGUAAUGAAAAAUUUACCUGUGUUAUUAAAAAAUGGGUCUUAUGCCAUAUGCAUCCAGCAAAGCUUCAGACCAAACUUAGCAGCCAAGCUACCAAUGCAGUCCUCUAAAGUCACUAGUUGAACGUUUAGCAACUGCCCAGACUGCAGCCAAGCUACCAAUGCAGUCCUCUAAAGUCACUAGUUGAAGGUUUAGCAACUGCCCAGACUGCAGCCAAGCUACCAAUGCAGUCCUCUAAAGUCACUAGUUGAACGUUUAGCAACUGCCCAGACUGCAGCCAAGCUACCAAUGCAGUCCUCUAAAGUCACUAGUUGAACGUUUAGCAACUGCCCAGACUGCAGCCAAGCUACCAAUGCAGUCCUCUAAAGUCACUAGUUGAACGUUUAGCAACUGCCCAGACUGCAGCCAAGCUACCAAUGCAGUCCUCUAAAGUCACUAGUUGAACGUUUAGCAACUGCCCAGACUGCAGCCAAGCUACCAAUGCAGUCCUCUAAAGUCACUAGUUGAACGUUUAGCAACUGCCCAGACUGCAGCCAAGCUACCAAUGCAGUCCUCUAAAGUCACUAGUUGAACGUUUAGCAACUGCCCAGACUGCAGCCAAGCUACCAAUGCAGUCCUCUAAAGUCACUAGUUGAACGUUUAGCAACUGCCCAGACUGCAGCCAAGCUACCAAUGCAGUCCUCUAAAGUCACUAGUUGAACGUUUAGCAACUGCCCAGACCGCUCAGAUGCUUCAGCUUGUCUGGAGCUUUGUUGGCCGCUUAUGCCAUACAACCCAUUUUCCCAUGCCAGGGAUCAUCCAAGUUUUGUUCUGAAGGUAUUUCUUUAAAUUAGAACUUGUUAUUUUAUUUUUGCUUUGUCAAGUUUAUGAAAAAUGUGUAUCAAUUUUUAGCUGCAACUUGUAGAAUAAAAAAGAUUAUAAAGCCCAAAAUUACCCUGUAUUCAAUGUUUUCAGCAUACACUAAGCAUAGUUGCCACUGACCUUUCAAGUUUCUGGCCUUACAACUGACAAUUCAUUUAUUUUUUUCAGGUGAUUUGCAGCAUGUAGAGAAAACAACAUUCACAUCAUCGCCAGUGCUUAGCAACCCCCAGUUGAAUUGUGAUGUUCUGAUUGGUGGGCAGCCAUUGCGCAAGUUCAAUUCGGACAUUCCGAUUGGUGGGCAGCCAUUAGGCAAGUUCCAGUGUGAGUUUUGCUACAAGAUCAUGAGGGAUAACCACGGCCUCACCCAGCAUAGACGCACACACACCGGCGAGAGGCCAUUUAAAUGUUUGCUGUGUUCCAAGGACUUUGUGACGAAGGGUGCGCUGAAGAUUCACGGAAUAGUUCACAUGAAAGAGAAAUCAAUAUCCAAUGAUAUAGAACAUGACGCUACUGUUGGUACACAGCAGCCAUUGGUGAAUUCCCUACAUCCCAACAGUGGUCCUGUCAUUGGGUUCAAAUCGGUCAUCCCACAGUUGCACGAUGCUCUUUCUCAGCCAUUGGACAACACAAAAUCUAGUUUGAUGCCAUUGGGAAAGAACCAGUGUUUCUAUGUCUACGGUAGACGCAAGAUGCACAGGUGCGCGAUUUGUGGCAUGAUUUGCUCAGAUAACUGGAAGUUCCAGAGACACAUGACCACCCACUCUGGUGAGCGUCCAUACGAGUGUGAGGUCUGCCAUAAAACGUACAAGACCGAGAUGAGUCUGAAGAGUCACAUGAAGAGGAAACAUGUGGGUCUACUUGACGCUCCCUUGCUGGAAACCGUGGGUGGAAGUGUUGAACAGCCAUUGAGUGAGGAUUCUUUAUUUGAAACCGUGUCCGGAGGUGUUGGACAGGCGACUGAAGCUUUUGGAGAGGCUAGUGUUGCCAGCCUUGAACAGUCUAUAUCAAUUCAUGUUUCAGACCUCCAGAAGCUGAAAUACUCGUGCAGUGUCUGUGGUCUGUACUGCUUCCAUAGUGCCGCGCUCCAGGAACAUGUCCGAACACACACGGGCGAGAAACCGUUCGUUUGUUCAAUGUGCGGACGGCCAUUCGCAAAGAAGGGCAAUCUUAAAGCCCAUAUGGCUGUUCACUUCAAGAACGCCCAAAUAACGCACGUUCCGUAGGAUACCCAAGGCAUCCACGUGUGUUACUUGCGGCAAGCACUGUACCAGCCAAUCAGCGUUGACGAUACACAUGCGUGUUCACACGGGCGAGAGACCAUUCAAAUGUCACCUGUGCGGUAAAGGGUUCAUCAAC